AUGGUAUUCCACUUGGAACAACAGUGCUUAAAUGUGAGAAUUGAAUGUCCCCUUCACAUAGUGGGAUGCACUUUUGAGGGUCUUCGAUCUGAAGUGAAUAAACAUGUCACAGAGCAGCUGUCAAGUCAUAUUGGUCUCUGCUUUAAGUACAUGAGGGAAACGAAAGAGAGUGGAGUCAAUUCCUCCCAACAGCAAGCAGACCAGGAAGGAAUGUUGAUUCAACAGCAACAAAAAGAAAUAGAGGAACUGAAGAAUCAUGUUACUUUGCUCAGUAAUGAGAUGCACCAUCUGAAACAUCAACUGGAGGAGGCAAAGGAAGCACUAGUGAGACUUGGGACACCACUACAAAUAAUCAAGUUGAGGAAGCAAGCAGGACGUUUUUGCGAUGGAAUAUAUACCUUGAGAAUAGAAAAGUUCAGAGAUUGUUUUCAAGAUGCCAUCAGUGGAUCUUGCACAGCAAAGUAUAGCCCUUCAUUUUACACGAGUCUGUACCUUGGUUACAACUUGUGCAUGCGAAUUAACAUGAAUGGCAUGGAUGAUGGUGUUGGCAAACACAUGGCAUUGCUCAUUCAUUUGAUGCAAGGCGAUCAUGAUGAUUUCUUGGAAUGGCCAAUUGCGGUGUGUAGAAAACGAAGACCCCCAUCAAAAUCAUUCGGAUUCGGCUGGAAACUGCUUUUAACGACUCCUAGACACUAAAGGAGUGUAAAAAACAACACGGCCCCUGAAGAUGAACCCUACAUUUUUUUUCUGGGAUGCCCGUCCUUAGGUAAAUGCUUGAAUAAACAUAGCUACGAAUUGAAUUUACAUAGUAUAAACAGGGCCUAUUUAGAAAGAAAACAUAUCAGAUCUUAUCAUCGGAGAAAGGUUUCUGUCCCAACACUCAGGGGGCAGCGAUUUGUCUGUCGCAACUGUUUGUUAAAAAUUCUCGUUAACAAUUAAUCCAACUGGACGCAUAGCUGCGUGAACUCGGGCUUUCAAUACCACGCAUCUGAAAUUAUCUUCAAGAGACUGUGCCAGAUCGCCAUUGUUACUGUCGUCACGCAAUUCCGUCUUUGCCGGUCAUGAAUAAGUCUA